AUCAAAAUCCGUCUCAUCAGGAUAAUACAGACAACCCAUUCGCAUACUCUCGCAACCUGCAUUACUCUCGCAACCUGCAUCCCAAGCUGUAAGAAGGGUAAGAGUAAAAAUAAAUAGCUGAGUGUGCGACCCCACAAAUGCUUGACCCGCAAAGUUCCUCCUUCGGGGGAAGCGAGACAGCAAGAUUUCGGGGGGUAAACAAAUCCUCUAAGGACACGUUGAGCACGCUGAGGGCCGGCCUUGCCAGCCGUACAAACACUGAAGGAAUCAAUCUGUACCGAGACUCUAAUUAGUGCCUAAAAAUGACAUUGCGGGGGAAAGGAGUCUGGAACAGAUUUCCCCAAUUUAUACCCAAGCUGUUGUGAUGCCAAGACACAAACUGGACUAGGGCAAUUUUCCCCUGGUUGUUUCCUGACUUUAAAAUUUUGCCAAUGGGACAAGAACAAUCCGUUUGUUUUGGGGGUUGUCAGCAGCACUCUCCCGCAGAACAAAGGCUUUGUCCCUGCCGAUCUUGCAUCCUGCCCGGAAAGGGAAGUGAUCCGCCCAGGAUGGACCGUUGCAACCAACAUGGAAUUUCGCGACUCACAACUAGAGCAAAUCAAUUUGUCUCCAAGAACGCGACAACCACGGGAGGACAUUCUAACCUCCAGCGACCAAAAAAUAUACCAACCAUCGCCACAAGAUGGCCCCUAUGAUGACGUCCAAUUCCCCCACUUCGCCCUUCGGAUCGCAGAAGCCAGCUUAUUCCUUCAACAUGCAGAACUCCCGUGGAGGCAACCUCUUCUCCGGCGCUAGACCAACAGCGGGUCCAAGGGUGCAGGUACGUGACCCUCCUUCGUGUCCGAUGGAGAUUGGCUCUUGUGGAAAUGCUGGAUUGAGUACCGGAGACGCGAGCUAGAAUGCGCAAUAUGGGCUGACACCGUGGCUUUUUAUUUCUAUAGGUUCGACAAAUGGAAGGAAGCUGGGAUAUCAUGGGUGAUGAUGUACGUUACUUCUUGUUGCGAUCUCGUACUCCUCGCGCAUAACUCUCUACACCCCCCCCCCCCCACCAACACCACUGUUGGCAUUUGCGGGGCUCUGCAUCGCUUCACCCUUCCUCUAUCUCCGCCCUGCUCCCAUUCUAUCUUGUGGAAUUUCUAGAAUUAUGGCUCACGGUUUCAUCGAUGCAGGUAAGCGACGGAAUCCGUAACGACAACGAGGACGGCGACGACUCGAGAGCUUUAAUCUCCGAGGACGACGAACAAGAGGGUACCACCACCCUCCAUCUUUUCCUUGAUUUCCCCGCGCAGGGUAUUGACGGUCGUGAUAGAAACCAUGCCCCACUCCCCCGGUGCCCUGGAUGGCGGCAUCUUCGAUCAGGAGUGGCCGGAGGUCGAUGCGUUCGCCAUUGCACUAAGCUCCUCAAACCUCCUCCAAUCCGCGGAUCCCAACUCGGUACAGGCUGCAGUAUCCGGCUAUGACCUGAUCGAGCGAUUCCAGAAUGUAUCUGGGGCCCAGCUCGACGAGGUCAAGGCUGCGCAUAUGCCAGAGCUAUCACACGAAAGCGCCGCUGAUGUUGUGCACUGGGAGCUGGAACACCAGACUUGGGAGCUAUUCGGCACCCUUUCGUCGCAUAGACUUGAUGGUAGGAUUCGAGCACAGGAGCUACCGGCAGAGCUUGCAAACAACAAGUACACAAGUAAUCAACGGCUACGACAACACCUCCGUGAAACCGAUGCCAGGUUCCAGGAAUGGUGUUUGAUAUUGCAAUGGUUGUGUACAUACGCUCCGGAUCCGUCGGAUCUCUUUGAUAAUAUCGAGGAGAUUGGUGGAAAGGGGGGAUGGAUGUACACCAAAGAGAGCCUGAAAGCGGAGAGACGUCUUCGCGGGAAAAAGGGGAAGGCGACUCUGGUCUUUGGUUCUCUUGGAGGCGGAAGGCCCGGCAACAAAGUCACAGAAUUAGAUCCUGAUGCGCCCAGUAGACAGCGAAAACAGCUGGAGAAUGAGGAUAUGGAGUCCGAGAGAUUCCUUUUCCGGGCUAUCUGGGUGUUUCUGCGGAAGGGAGAUUUGAAGGGUGCAAAAGACCUAUGCGCCGAGAUGGGAGAGUUCUGGAGGGCUGCGAGUCUGGGCGGGGGAGAAGAAGCGUGGGAUCCGAUGGUUGACGGCCAACGAUUCGACAACCAGUCGGAUGAGGAAAGCAUGGAUAUGAGUGAGAACUCUCAGGCCGAAGGAGUUACGGGCAACAGAAGGAGGGAGCUGUGGAAGAGGAUGUGUUAUGCUAUCGCGCAUCGAAGCGGUGCAGAGGAGUGGGAGAAGGCAGUCUAUGGAACGCUGUGUGGAGACUUUGAAAGUGUAUGUGCUCCUGAAUCCCUCACUGUUUUGACAAGGGAAUCAUGAUUAACCAAGAAAAACAAACAAAAAAACAGGUUGCUCCUAUCUGUGCAUCGUGGGAGGAUCAUCUGUUUGCCCACGUGAAUUCGCUUGUCGAAGAGUACUACUCCCAGUAUCUACUCCAGCAUGGGAGGCUGUCUCCCACAGCUAUGAGUUUCCCCGCAUUUGACUCGACAGCGUUCCACUCCCGCACUGGAAGCCUCGCUGAAGACGAUACCGUACUCUCUAGAAUUAUCGAUACUCUGGCAUCUUUAGACCACAUUCAGGCAGAGUCUCGGGUACCGUUAAGGGUUAUCCAAGGAUCCUUGAUGUCUCUACGCUUUCAUGAACUCGUCGACGAGCUGUAUCGUCAGUUACUCACCUUCCGAGACAACCCAGAUUACGAUCCAUUGGGCGAGGAGGGUAGCAUAGGCGUAGACGUUACAGACUGCCGGACACUCCGAAUUGUUGUGCACAUUCUACUUGUACUCCAACUUCUAAAUGCUGGCUUCACCGAGGAUACGCCCUACCACACACAGGCCGAGUUCUUGAUUGCUGCUUAUAUCGAAUUCCUUGCAGAGGCCGGAAAGCUAAAGCUGAUACCGCUGUAUGCGGGACGGCUCUCGCCUCAAAAAGCUAUCGAUGUCAUGGGCGUGAUCCUCAACAAGAUUCGGGAAGAGCCGUUAAGGUUGGAACUCCUGGAGUUGAUGAGGACGCACAACAUCGACUACGUGGGGUGUCUGAAGAAGGGGAUGGAGAUCGCGUUGGGCUUGACAAAAAGCCACUACGAAAAUGAGCGGCGGCAUGUGGCCACAUUAUCUGUGACAGCGGACGAGAUUCUCGAGGAGGAUAACUUGUUGAUCCAGGGGUUGGAGUGGUUGGUUCUUGGGGGCGACGAGCUGAAGGCUGAAUCGGUAAAGUGCGCGACUGUGGUAUACAAACGGUUACUGCGUGAGUAGUCUUGGUUACUAUUAAUUCCCUCAGAAGGAUGCAUUUUACUGAUGGAACUCAGUUUCCGGGCGUCUGGCGGCAGCAAAGAGGGUUUCCCAGACUAUCAGGAGCACUGACCUGAUUCCCGAGGGUGGAGAUAUCAACGAUUUCGCUGCCGGGGGUAUGAUGGAAGAUGAUGGGUUCAGGGGUGUGUUCGAUAGCGAGGUUGAUCAAUGGGCUUUGGCAGUCAUCAUAGAAAUGGAAGUGUUCAUCCAAGCACUCGACGAAUUGGAAGCGUGGAAUGAGCUAUUGGGGCAAAGGACAGAGUACGAGAGCCCCCCAUCCCCCUCCUCCCAACCCCAGAACCCAGGUGGGCGUUCGGUCCUAACCAUAGCAACAGGAGACACCACCCUGAUCGCGCGAGGAAGGCGGCACUCAGCGAGGCUUACACCUCGACCAACCACAAGCUGGGCAAAGUGAUACGAUCCUGGCUAGACGAGACACUCAGCACCGUGCCCCCAUUCCCUCCCCAAUCUCACAUAAUAAAAGCAUCCUCUAUUGUAGCCAUCCGAAACAUGUACAUCCCCGAGCUCACAUUUGCCCUUCACGACGUCUACAUCGAGGCGGGGAAACAUGUGAGCAAGAACCUGUUGGGGAACACACUCGAACUGGCAACCGUUGUUGCGGAUCCGAAUAGGUCUGUGCUCAAGUGCUUCACCGAGACGGCGAGAGUUGAGGAGUACUUGAGGGCACUCGGACUGGCGAGUAGGAGCGUGUUGGGGGCUACUGGGGCAUCCUCUGAGAAGAAUGGUAGUAAAGCAUUGGGGAUCUGGAAGGUUAGAUAAUGAGAUCAUCACAUUAUACCCGACUUGUUUAUCUGCGUUUUUUUGUUUUUUCUUCACUUCGUUUCUCUUCGUUUCUUCCCUGUCUCCCAGUCUCCUUUUAUUUUAUUUUUUUCAUUUUUUCCACCUCUCCUGUCCGUGCAUCUAUCUACCAAUAGAAAUCUACAUAAUUUUUUUUUUUUUGCACGACCUGUGUUUUUCCCCCUUUCUAAAUGAUUUUGUUGUGUUCUCCCGAACCAAAUGUCCCUCCCUUAGGGAGUGGGACGAAGUGAGGUGCUUUACGCCAGUUUAGUUUGUCCCUUUCAUUUUUUUUUUCCCUUUUCUUCCCCCCCCUUUAACUCGUGGGGAUAUCGACAACAACCCGGAGUUUAUUCACUUCCUCCUCUGCCAUUUGCUGCAUUUCCUUACUGUAUCCCGCAGCCUUGCCCUGUCCACGUUCCUCCCUCGCCCAGCCCAUCCACUCCCACAUAUGAUUCGUACGUACCAUACAGUCAUACCAAGAACGAUCCAUCCAGUGAGAAGGUAAAAGAAAGAGAAGAAAAGAAAAGAAAAACAUGAGUAAAGCAAAGUACCACCGAACCCUACCCAUCCAUCCAACCUACCUAUCCCAUCACACGAACCCCACAAAGCUGAACGUAAUCUCCCUCACCCAUCCCAUCACCCCAUCAACACUACAUUGUACUAUACCUACUACCGUACCAGUACUACCUCUCCGUCCAUCCAUCCGCCUGUACGGGUACAGUACUUUGUGCUUUCUUUUUCCCUUUUUCCCUUUUUCCCUUUUCUCUUUCUUUUUUCUUCCUUCCGUUUUUACCCUUUCCCCAUUUGAUUUCUCCACCUCCCAACGAGAUCCUGUUCCUGCUCCAUCCAUCCUCCCAUUCCACUCUGGCCAAUACUUUGAGAUGGCGGGGACGUAUGAGAAUCUCGCGAUGGAGAUGUGUGAUGAGUGGCUGUCGGACCGGCAGCGGUGCGAAUCAGAGUACGAGUAGUUAUUAGUCCCUCUCCCUCCCUCCCUCUCUCGUUAGUCCGAGAGCUUGCGCGUGGGUGUGCGUGGGUGCGUUCGUAAUUGGUGACCUAGCCAAUUACAUUCAUGUUCAUCUGGUUGGUUGGUCGGUCGGUCGGUCGAGGUCGGUGAGUUCUGAGAGAGAGGGAGAGAGGGAGGGUGGUGUGUCGAUCGAGUGAGGGGCUAUGUUCGGUUGCUUCGGAGAAGGCGUUUCGCUAACAUGUAUCACAAAGCCCACUCACCAGUCUAGACUAUGUCAUAUCGUACCAUACCUGUGUUUAUUCCAUUUAUUAUCGUAUCGGGGGAGGGAUCUUGUGGGGGUUUAUCGCAGGUGAUUGGAUUGCCGACUCUGGGUAGGGCAACG